UUUUUAUUUAGUGGCAAAAUUUCUAUACAAAAAAUAUUAAUAUUGUAAUAUCGACUUACCAGAUAGGCACACAAAACCAUAAUGAUUUUUGCAAUAGGUAUGACGUUUACUGGACCAUACUGAUUGGUUGUUAAUUAUAGAAAAAAUAUGUAGCGUCGUACGCUAUUGGUUGAUAUUUUUUUGGCGCGAACUGGUUAGCGGUUGGCGUUCGUUGAUUGGUUGUAAGGGGGUUUUUAACUAUAAAAGGAGUUAAUUUUUUCGUAAAGGCAUAUUCUUUCGAAAGUAGUGCUUGGUGUUGUUUACGUGCUCUACCCCGUUAUUUUUUAGAAGCCUAGUAGUGAGGGUAAUAAGAUGGCUGCAUCACAACAGCAAGAAAAUACCGUAUUAGUAGAGUCGGGGUUGAAGUUAGAAAAGAAACUAAACCCCAACGAUAUGGUUGUUGAUGUCCUCUAUCCAGUAGACGACAUCGUUACUAUUGACGGCCCCUACGGCCGCCAAACUAAGGUAUAUUUGAAGAGUGGGCAGGUAGUCUACCUUCCCAAACGUAUGACGUUAUCGCCUGAAACUAUUGAGGGUCUCUACCCUAAACAAAAGGCCCUCGUGUGUCGGGGGUAUAAAUACGUGGAAAAAUACAAAGUUUCAACCCCGCUGCUGGAGAUUGUAGAGGAUUGGGGACAGUGAAGUAUUAAAGCCUGGCCAGAGAGUACGCAGUAUUGUUUCAGCUGUAAACGCUUUUUUUGUUUUUGUGAAGAAUCAUUGAGAGCACACAUUUAUAUUUUGGAAAAUACAAGUUCAUUAUUAUGUUCCGAAACUAUGUUUGACUCACCAUAGUAACAUUUUUAUAUCCAAAUUUUGUAAGAUUAAAACUUUCAACUUAAAUGACUAAUUUUAGUAAAACUUUAAAUUUUUUGUACUUGGCUUUAAUUUUGUAUUAUUAUCCUAGCAACAUGAUAAAAUUUUGUUCUCUC